ACUUUUAUGAAAAAACAAAGACUCACAUCAAAGAGUAGGAAAUAGUUUGACAUGUUUUCCUUUCACCCCUUCUUAAAUUGAAUGAAAUUGAAUUCAAAUGUCCCGACACUAGAUUCCUUCCCAGAAACUAAUACUGCGCCCUAGUGUGGUGUCUUACCAUCAUUCAGCCAUAACAUUAUGACCACCGAGGGUAAAUGCGACGCUGAUUACCUCAUUCUGCCGCCUGUCACUGGGUGGGAUAUGUUGCAGUGAGGGAACAUGUUGUCCUCAAAGUGUUACAAGCAGAAAAAAAGAAAAAAAAUGGGUGGAAAGGGCAAAAAAUAAGUAAGAGGAGCUAUUGUGACUCAAAAUCACAGAGGCUGGCCUGCGUCCAACACAAAAAAGUGUCUGCAUCAGUUAUGUGAGGAACAUGGAGCAAUUGUGGUGCGUGGCUUAGUUGUGGGACACAUUGCAACAGGACUAUGUGCAGAAGGCCGGCGGUGGAGGCAUUGCGAUCCUUUUCUCAAUGUUCUGCUGGGAGAACAUCGGGUCUUGUCAUUAAUGUGGAUGUCACUUUGACAUACACUCCCUUUCAUGGAAACGAUAUUUCACACCGCCACAAAGCAAAAAUGGAUCAGGAUCGGGUCGGAGAACAUAAAGUUUCAGGUGAACUCGGUCCAGUCAAACCUUUGGACGUCACAGCCUUCACUCAGCGCGUCUCAUAGAAGCAAAGUGGACAGAUGUAAUUAAUGAUGCCUGUGUAGCCUCUUCAGUUUUAGAGCAUGUCGACUCCCCGUCGUGAUUUACAAGGACGCCCGAAUAUAACAAAUCCUUCAACAUUCUUUGAAGUAGUGCUGGGUGGUCGCCACUGGAUGGAGCAAUUUGUCUGCUCUUUUUUCUUCUUUUUUUUUUAAGUUCACCUCCAAAUGUGGUCAACUUCUAAAUAAUAUAUGAUCUCUGCCGAAGUUGGAAGUAUUUCACCAAUGCUCUUUUCUUCCAGAUGUGUGUGUUUGUAUCCGUCUACGAAGAUGUGCUCUGUCCUCCCUAGAGGAGAUUCUUCUACUUUUAUAAACAGAGUUCACUGUUCAGCUUUUGCCUCAAUAAGGCAGUGCUCCUCACAUCUUUGCCCCCAUUAACCCUUUGUUUCUCGCCCUUGUGAGUUCUCAGUGGCAUUCUGUAAAUGAGGAAUAAUCAGCUGUUUGCCGGAGGGAGCGGCCCGCGAGGUUUCAUAAAACACCAUCCAGGAUCCGGCGUCAAGAGGAGGGGAGCCGCUGGUCAAGGUGACAGAGACGGAUGAGGCCAGACCUGACGUCUUCCUCCCUCCUUCCCUCCUCCCUCCUUCAUCCCAUUUUGGGUGGUUCGUGUAAGCAGCCCCCACUCUCUCUCUAAACAUCCUUAUGAAGCGCUGCGGUGUGAGGUGUGAUGUCAGGGUUGAGCUCUCCCAGCUCUCCAGACAAGUUUAAAGGGGGACCGAAGGGAGCGCUGAGUCGCAAACUCCGCCGCAGCACGCAACCGGUUUGAAUCAAACAGGAAUGGAGGCGAAAACUGAAGGUGGACCGUCGUCGUUGACCAGCGAACAACUGGCAGCUAUAGAGGAUGAAGAAGUUCUCAACAAGAUGCUGGACAGUGCAUCUGAUUUUGAAGAGAGGCGGCUGAUCCGCGCUGCUUUAAGGGACCUGCUCAAGAAGAAGAAAGAUAAACGGGAUGAGGCGCGGGGGGCGAGGCAGCAGGACUUAAAGCAGCAGGGCCUGGGCAAAGGAGGAACCGCGAGCGGGGGUGUCAGCGUGGGAAGAGCCUCCAUGAACCAGCAGCCGCCGUCGACAAACAAACCAACGGGCCAGACACCGGCCUCCGCUCCCCUCAACCGGUCAGCAGGAAGUAAGGCCGGCCCCGCUGGAGCUGGAGCUGUAGCUGGAGUGCCCAACGCUAAAAAUGUCAAACAGAUGCUUCUGGAUUGGUGCAGGGCCAAAACAGAGCCAUAUGAGGGGGUGGACAUCCAGAACUUCUCCUCCAGCUGGAAAGACGGCAUAGCCUUCUGCGCCCUGGUGCACCGGUUCUUCCCUGAUGCGUUCGAAUACUCCAUCCUCAACCCCAACGAGCCCAGGGACAACUUCCAGCUGGCUUUCAGCACCGCAGAGAGGCUGGCAGGCUGCCCCGCUCUGCUGGACCCCGAUGACUUAGUCCGGAUGAGAGAGCCCGACUGGAAGUGCGUGUACACGUACAUCCAGGAGUUCUACCGCAGCCUGGUGGAGAAAGGCCUGGUGAAAACCAAGAAGAGGCCGUAGACUCUGAGAGGUCGCACGCUAGCUUCCACCAGUCCGUUUUUCCACAGCCCCGUCAAACCGCAGGCCGAUGUCACAAAUGUACCUUUUCGGACCGAACAUUUACACCUUUUUACGACAGGCUAUUUGAUGCACUUGGUGGACGCAUCGUUUUGAAUGUAAAUGCGCGGUGCCCCGUGUGUAGCAUUUGUAUCGGCCUGCGUGUUAGCGAGUGUCUGUGUGCUCUCAGUGGACAGCUGGUGCUUGGGACCAGUACAUUCCACUGAGAUUACACAUCUGUAUUAAUCCCUGUCAGAGCCGUGGAGAACGUGGGAACCACUUUUAUGACGAUGCUGUCGAGGGCUCUCCGCUAUGAGUAUUAAAGACCCAUUAACAAUAAUAAUAAAUAUCCAUUUCAUCAUACGUGCUGUCGCUCUUUAACUGUAACAGAUUAUCGAAAGUGGGGCUGAAGAUAUCGGAGCGUUUUAUUUGCCUAAAGCCAUAUUCGUCCAUUUGAGCCUUUUGCAGUUGGUUUGGUUCGUGUGAACGUGGGGCACAUCCAGUCAAAACAUGAUGCAAUGACAUUCGCAGCUUUGGCUCGACUCACAAAAACAGCGUCACACGUGUUGAUCAUGGAAUUUAAAAGAUUUAGUGACCAGAAGAGUAAGGUGUCUAUCUGCGAGCCUCUUUCUUUGUAUCUUCUGAGAACCCCAAUUUUAUUUGCUGGACUAUUAACUGUACAAGCUUUUGUAGUUUAUAUACCGAUCAGUACGCAAGAUAGUUAGCGCACGGUGCCAUUGAGUUUGACGAACUUAAGCCAUUUUUAUUACUGUGUGUGUUUUUGUAAGGUUUGAUACUGACACAAAACUGUGUGUUUCCUUUCAAUAAAUUUUAAUUAUGAGGUUGCUAA